ACCACACUGCUAACUGUAUGCCUAACACUAACCAUAAAUUAUGACAUAUUAAACACGUUUUUCAUUAUUUUUACGAUAGACUUUGUGGCUGUGGUAACUCGUGAAAGCCACACAAAUGUAACAUACGCUGAAAAACGUGACCAAGAGAGGUGCGUUGACGCUACGUACACUCCGUUGACAGCACAGCGCGCCAAAUUUUGUAAACAAAGCAAGUGAAGCUUUCAACCAGAUAUCCACCAUUUUGAUAAAGAAGAAGAUUUCGAGUUGACAGAUAGGGAUGGGGCUUCUCGACCAGUGUCAAGCACUGUUCAACACCUCAAGCCUCUAUGGGGUGCUGGGCGUCUCCAAGGAAGCGACAGACUCAGAGAUCCGACACAGCUACUACAAGGUGUCGCUCAGGGUUCACCCAGAUCGUGCUCCCGAAGACCUGCAGGCAACAGAAAAAUUUCAGGUGCUUGGGAAGUUAUAUGCUGUGUUGAGUGACAAGGAGCAGAGGGCAGUGUAUGAUGAGCAGGGACUUGUGGCUGAGGAAUCUGACUCACUGCAGCAGGACCAAUGCUGGGAGGAGUACUGGAGGUUGCUGUUCCCUAAGAUCACAUUGAAGGACAUCCAGGAGUUUGAGAGGAAGUACAAAGGCACGGAGGAGGAGAGGCAGGAUGUGAUGCAGAUUUACCUGCAGCACCAUGGGGACAUGGACGCCAUCAUGGCCUCAGCCCUGUGCUGCUCUCAGGAGGACGAGCCCAGGAUCACAGCCCUUAUACAGACAGCCAUCCAGGCAGGGGAGCUCACGGCCUACCCUGCAUUCACCCAGGAGAGCACCAGGAAAAAGAAAACACGCAGACAGAAGGCUGAUGAAGAAAGACAAGAAGCUGAGGAGAUGCAGAGAGAGAUGGGACUCAAUGAUGCUGAUGACAGUCUUGUAAUGAUGUUAAAGCAAAAGCAUAAGUCCAGAGAGCAGAAUUUUAACUCUUUCCUGUCUGACCUGGAAGCCAAAUACUCCAAGGGAGGAAAAGCCAAAGCAGGAGGGAAAGGGAAAAAAGUGAAGACUUCAAACCCUUGAAGUUAAGACAAGGUAGAAGUUAAGGUCAAAUUUGUAUCAAAACUUGACACCUGCAUGCCCCUAGUCACACAUCUAUCAUGUAUUUCUAUACAAAUUAUAUUACUGAUCUAAGCUUCGGUAGCACCUCUGCUGAAAGUAGAAUAUGGCUUCUACUGCAGUGAGGUGAAUUGUCCCAGUACUUAAACAGCCCCUCUAUUCCCUCGAAGGUCGCCUGUGGCUUACACUAAGCUCUCAUCACAUUAAGGUUUUUAGGAAAACAUCUAAUACCUACCUUUUAGUUGGCGUCUCUCUAAGGCUUGUCUUGUCUCUUCCUGUUAAGGUAUGCUAUGUGAAACCCCAAAGUUUUGUGUUUGUCUUUUUUACAUGGGAAAAUAAAAGUAAUGUCCUUAUAAAAGUACAAAGCAGCCAGUCGAAGCACGUCAGUGUUCAAAAGGCUUUUGUUUCUCCCUGUAUAGUUGGACUUGCCAUUCGGGUCAUCCUACGAAAAUUGUCUUUCCUGUCCCCUGCCUUAACCACCAGGAAAAACACUUACGUUAGAUAAUGACAUGUUUUAAUUUAAGUGUUUUGUUAAUAAAACAUGUAAAACAGA